GUUUUCGAAAUUUUCACCACGUUCGGUGACAGUCGUGAAUCUUCUUUUGCAUCGAACGGACGUCUCACGUCCUAAAAAAAUCUCGAUCGAACCGUUGCGGGCUAUAUAUAUUGAUUAUCACAGUCAUACAUAUACGACUCGGACGGAUAAAAUUCUUUUCGGUUCUCAUUUACGAAUUAUAUCCUUCCAAAACCGAAAGAGACCGUACGAAAACGAUCCGAAAUGGGAGAAACCGAGAACGGAGAUAUCGAGCCACGGGCCUCCGCCGAACCGGAGGCGGCAUCCGCCCAGGAUACGCUGCAGGUGCCAACGCAAAAGAAGCGCAAGCUUAAGUCCCCAACCCCAGGAAGCCUUCGCGGACGCAGUGCCACGCCCAUUCACGGCCGGAGCCAGACCCCGUUUACGCUGUACAUGACGCGGCGCAGUGCCACGCCCUCGACAUGGCGCAGCAUUACUCCGUUCCUGAAGCGCGAGGAGAAGGAGAAGACACCGUUCGAGCUGGGAAGGGAUAUCAAGAGCCAGACCACCUGCAACAUCGCCGUCUUCGAUCGCGCCCUCGUUAUGGAUAUUUCCGAGCCGUUGGAUGUGCAAAAGCCCGUGCGUUACAUAACUUCCGAUUUGUCGGUGAUCGAUCGCGCUGCCGUAAUGGAUGUGUCCAACGUUGAGGUUAUCUACGUUGUGGAGGAAUACGAGGAGGUCGAGGAGGAGGAAAUUAUUGAGGAGGUCAAGCCAAAGAAGAAGGAGAAGAAGGCUAGGAAGCCGCGCGCCCAGCGCAAGUCCAUUGACAAGGACAUGAGUCCUUCCGGAGCCGAAGAUGGCGACGAUCUGGGUGACUUUGGCGGCGAUGACAGGGAGGACAGCGUUGACCUGGACGACGGCGAUGAGCCGGUGAAGAAGGGCAAGAAGAAGGCACCGCCCAAAAAGAAGGAGAAGAAAGAGAAGUCGCCCAGUCCGAAAUUGACCUUGAAACUGGAGAUCGGCGGUGGCCAGAAGGCCAGCAAGAAGAUGUUCGAGCAACAGCAGCAGCAGGCCAAGCCGCCGCCAAAGAAGAGCAAGAUGGUGCUCCAGAUGGAGGAGCAGGCAAAGGCGGCUGCCAAGGCCGCCGAGGAGGCAGCUGCGAGGGCCAAGCCCAAGGGCGAGACCUUUGAGGAGCGCCAGAAGCGUCUGCAAGCCGAAAAGGAGGAGCAGGAGCGCCUGGAGGCCGAGCAACGGGCCCAGGAAGAGGCUGAGGCGGAGGCAGAAGCCGAGGCCGAGGAAGACGAGGAGGAUCCAUCUGCCGUCGGCGAGGAGGGUGAAGAAGGCACUGAGGCCGGAUACGGAGAUGAGGAUCAGGAACAGGAAUAUCCUGAUGACGAAAUCGAAGCUGAGCCCGAAGAGGAUACGAAGAAGAAGGAAAAGCGUCGCGGCAGCGACUCCUCCGACGACUUUGUCCGCCCCGAUCCCCACGAGGAGGAGCGCUGGCAGCGCAUUGCCGCCGUCGAGGGCGAGGAGUUCAUGCAGCAGAUGCGCAAAUAUAGCCAGGCCAAGCGGAUCAGUGAGAAGGAGCGCGACGCCGACUGGCAGCGUCGCCGGGAGCAGGCCCGCAAUCCCAAGUUCAUCAACUUCCUGUCUGACCGAGCCGUUGAAGCCGGGCAAAGUGUGCGCCUGGCCUGCGCCGUGGAUGGUCCGGAGUUGUCGGUUAAGUGGUACCACAAUCGCAAGCAGCUGGAGCGCGAUGGAUGCCAUCGCAUCAUCAAUAACAAUAACAUUCUGGUGCUGGAGGUGCUUAACACCACCAUCUUGGACUCCGGCGAAUACUCGUGCGUGAUCUCGAACCAGAACGAUGAGACGAGCUCCUCGUGCAUUGUGACCAUCUAUGAAAUUUUCAAGGACGAACCCAAACCCCCCUCCAUUCAAUAUAUCAAAGAGUACUAUCAUUUGCGCGACGAUGAGCUGACCAUCGAGUGUCACGUGCACGGCUAUCCCCGGCCUGUGAUCACGUGGUGGCGCGGCUGCUUCCAGGUGAAGCCCAGCUACAAGUUCACCAUGCUGGAGGAGGCGCACGGUGUGUGCAAGUUGCUCAUCUACAAGCCGGGCAACAAGGAUGGCGGUAUCUACACGAUGAAAGCCAUCAAUUCCAGUGGCGAGGUGCAGAUCAACCACACGGUUGAGGUGGCCCGUAACCUACACUACCACGUACCCGGCAUCUUCCAUGCCCGCGACAAGAUCCAGCUAGACAGUUUGAAGCAGGCCAAGAAGGCCAUGGAGGCGGCCCUCAAGUCGAAGGCCGACUCCGACCAGAGGCGUGCGGAGGCGGAGGAGGAGCAGGCGCGCCUGCAUCCUGUCAAGGCCACGCCGGAGAGAUUGGUGCCCGCCAAGCAGAAGCUGGCCUUUGCCACUCAGUUGCGCGAUCGCAUGGCGCUCGAGGGCUCGACUAUUAAGUUUGUGGCCACUGUGAUUGGACCCGAUCCCAAUACCCGCUGGAUGAAGGAUGACAAGUGGGUAGUGGUCGGUGGCAAUAUCAAGAACCUGUCCGAGGAGGGCAAGGCCAUCCUGGAGGUGGGCAACGUAACAUCCGCCGACUCCGGUGUCUACAAGUGUGUGGCCAAAAACGAUCUCAGCGAGAUCGAAACCUCCUGCUACUUCAAGGUGUACGCGGCACAGGCGGAUGGUGAUGAAUCUGAACCCAUUUUCGCCCUACCCCUGCGAGAUGUGUAUCAUGCCUCGCAGAACGAUCUGAUUCUCGAUACGAAGGUUCGCGGCAACCCCCGCCCUGAAAUCUCGUGGACCAAGGACCAGAUACCCGUGGUGCUCGACGAUCGUGUGGUUCAGAUUGAGCACUUGGACGGCAUUUGCGAGCUGAUCAUCAACAAGCCGACGAUCAAUGACAACGGAAUCUAUGUCUGCACCGCCAAGAACAAACUGGGCAGUCAGUCGACCACCCACACGGUUGUCGUCGACACCACCCACACCUCGCGCAGAUCGAGCAUCCUGUCCGCCAUUGCCAUGCAGGAAGGAGGAGGAGGCGGAGAGUCAGCCGAUGCCAAGGCCAAGGGCAAGAAGAAGAAGAAGGAGGAUGAGCCCGAAGGUGGCGAUGGUGGCUACGAGCGACGCAGCCGGAUGCCGGAUCCUUCGCCCAAACAGAUGUUGUACUUCACGGUCAACCUGUCCAAUCGCUACGUGGCCGAGGGAUCCAAGGUCAAGUUGCAGGCUGUGAUCGGUGGACCCCAGCCGAUGAUCAAGUGGUUCAAGGACGACCAGAAUGUAACGUAUGGACCCAACAUUCGCAACAUGAACCGCGACAGCCUGGCGGUGCUGGAGUUCACCAAUGCCAAGGUGGAGGACUCUGGAACCUACUCCAUUGUAGCCCAGAAUGAGUCGUGCAAGAUCACCACCUCGGCCAUGCUGCAUGUGUACGAGACCAAGGUCAAUACGGAUGUGCAACCCGUCUUUAUUCGCUCUCUGAAAGAGACCUAUCACCUGAACACCAACGAACUGAUCCUGGAGACAGCUGUGCGGGGUCAACCUACACCGGCGGUCCAGUGGUUUAAGGACAGCAUUGAAAUCCAGAGUGGUGGGCGCUUCCAGAUCAUCGAGCACCAGGACGGCACCUGUGAGCUCAUCAUCGAUCGGCCGGACAACAAGGACUCCGGCAAGUAUGUUGUCAAGGCGGAAAGUCGCGCCGGCAAGAUGGAGAUCUCGCACUACGUGCUCUUCGAAGGUCAAUCCCAUCACAUUGCCGAAAAUAUCCAUGGUGUGUUCCAUGCGGACAAGAGCCUGUUGCGUCCGAAGGAGGUGGAGAAACCGGUGGAGAAGAAGCCGGCUCCUGCUGCCGAACCGGAAUCCGAGGCUGAGGAUGGCAAGGCGAAGAGACGUGCCAAGAAGGAGGAGGACGAUGGAGCAUCCUCGGCCUAUGCCACUGACUACGCCUCCGAUACCGCCAGCUUGUCAAGCAAGCGUCGCGAGAAGAACAUUGCGAUCCACUUCAGCACCUCGAUGAGAGAUCGCGUGGUGGCCGAGGGAUCCAAGGUUAAGAUUUCAUGCUUCCUGGAGGCCAAGGAGCCGCAGGUCAAGUGGUUCAAGGACGGCGAGCAGAUCCAAAACUCACCCAAGAUCAGGGGUAGGUACAGUGAGGGUCUGUGUCUGUUGGAGGUCAUGAGCGCCACAGCGGAGGACAACGGAGAGUACAAAUGCUGGGGUCGCGACGAGACUGGAGAAGCAUCCACCUCAUGCCGACUGGAGGUUUACGAGAAUCCCGGCACUGGUGAUGUUCCACCCACCUUUACGCGCAACAUCAAGGACACGAUGCACGGCAAGAUCAACGAGCUGCAGCUGGACGUCCAUGUGCGCGGUCUGCCCACGCCCGCAGUUACGUGGGUGAAGGAUGGCGUCAAGAUUGAGAACAGCGACAAGUACCAGCAGGUUGACCACGAUGACGGCACCUGUGAGCUGUUCAUCAGUCGCCCGAAGGCUUCGGAUAGCGGCAAGUACGUUUGCCAGGCUGAGAAUCGCGAGGGCAAGACCGAGAUUGUCCACAUGAUCACAGUGGAGCCACGUGUGAGGGCACCUCGCAUCUCGCCGCCGAGGGAGGGCAGACCUCCACGUCCGACCGGCGAUGAGGAAGCACCCGCUGCUGGAGAGGAAGGAGCCGAAGGCGCCGCUGAAGGUGAGGGUGGCGAGAAGCGCCGCAGGAAGCCCAAACCGGAUGAGGAGGAGCAAACGAGCUCCAGACGCGAGGUACCACCGCCACCGGAUCUAAGAAAGCGUUUGUACUUCCGCAACUUCCUGUCCAACCGAACCGUGAAAUCGGGCAGCAACGUCAAGUGGAUGGUGAACAUCGAUGGUCCGGAGCCAACUGCCAAGUGGUUCUUUGGUGACCAACCGAUCGCCUUCGGACCGAGGAGCAAGAUGUCCAUGCAGGACGGCAUCGCCUGGUUGAACCUCGUGGGCGUCACUGAGGAAGAUGCCGGAGAGUACACUUUGCGGGUCAGGGGUAGCGAAAACGAAAUCGUGAGCACUUGCAAUUUGUUUGUGUACAGCACGGGCAAACCGGAGGUGAUUCCGCCCACAUUUGUAGUGGGCAUCAAAGACACAUAUUCUCUCAACGAGAAUGAGUUGGUUCUGGAUUGCCGCGUACGUGGCCAGCCGCGUCCCGAAAUCCAAUGGAUCAAGGGCACGGAGCCCAUUGAGGCCAGCGAGAAGUUCAAGCUGAGCGAUCAGGCCGAUGGAUAUGCCAAGCUGGUCAUCGUGAAUCCCACAGAGAAGGAUUCGGGCAUCUAUUGGUGUGUGGCCCGCAACGAGGGUGCGGAGAACAAGAUCUCCCAUCAGGUGGACUUCAAGGGACGCCAGCACUACUCGCUGGAGAAGACGCACGGAUUCUUCCAUCGCGAUCCCAACAAGCCGCACUUCCUGCUGCCGUUGGGCAAUCAGACGGUCUGCAACGGUGGCACCGUGGCCAUUUCCGCCGAAUUCAUGGAGACCAGCACACCCAUCGAGGUCAAGUGGCUUCGCGAUCGCAGGGUGGUGGAUGGACCCAAUGUCAAGGCCCUGGCCGAUCGCGGCGUCUACACGCUGACCAUCAUGAAUGCCGGUCCCGAGGUGGAGGGCACCUAUACCUGCCGCGCCUCCAAUGCCUUUGGUCGCAUCGAAUCCAAUGUCAACGUCGAUGUGGCCGUCGGAGCCGAGAAGGAUGAGCGUCCUCCGCUGUUCCUCUCGCGACCGGACACCGAAAUGAAGAUCGCUGUCGGUGAUCCCUUCUCGCUGUCCUUCCGCAUUGCCGGCGAUCCGAAACCAAAACUGACCUUCAUGAAGGGCACGAAGGACAUUACCCAAUCGGAUCGGGUCAGCAAAGAGGUGUCCGAUGACUACACAAGAUUCUCAGUGCAGCAAGCCCAGAUCUCCGAUUCUGGCACCUACUUCGUGGUAGCCCGCAACAACUUUGGCACCGACAGGAUAUUCGUCACUGUGACGGUAAAUCCGCGCGCUCGAUCCGCGACGCCAACGCAACCACGCUGGGGUCUUCCCCUGGACAGCUAUAGCGACACCUCGUACUUCAGAGAUCCACCGGGUUGCAUUUCCACCGAGCCACUGGUCGUGGAUUCCGGACCCACCCACAUCUCGUUGUCGUGGGGCAAGCCGGUUAGUGCCAACUCUGCUCCGGUGAUGGCCUACAAGGUUGAGGCCUGGGUGGUGGGUCACGAGGGCGGAGCCUACUGGCGGGAGUUGGGUCUAACGCCCAUUAACUCCUUCGACGCCUUCAACCUGAAGCCCAACGUUGAGUACCACUUCCGAGUGACGCCCAAGAACCGAUAUGGCUGGGGACCCACCGUCCAGACCAGCAGUCCUCUCCAAGUGGGCGGCGUCGAGUGCCUGCCGGAGUUCGUCAAGAUCCUGCCGGGUCAGGCCAAGGCACUGUUGGGCUCCUCCUUCACGCUGCAGUGCAACAUGCGUGGAGCGCCAAGGCCCCAGGUCACCUGGUUCAAGGAUGGCAUUCAGCUGAGCAGCAGUUCGGAACGCGUCAAGAUCCGGCAGAUCGGUUCGACCUGCGCCCUCACCAUUGCCACCGUCAGCGAACUGGACUCGGGUCGUUACACCUGCGAGGCAACCAACUCGAAGGGCAGGGUUUCCACAUUUGCCCGCCUCCAAGUCGUCUCUGAUUCGAGAAUCUAUGAGGCAGAUUCACGUCUGAAGGAGAUCGCCCAUGGUCGCAACGUAGCCGAUGUCGGUGACUCGCUGCCUAUCUUCACCAUGCGCCUAAGGGAUCGACGCGUCCAGGUGACCUACCCAGUACGACUCACCUGCCAGAUCGUGGGCUAUCCCGUGCCAGAGAUCUUGUGGUACAAGGACGAUGAGCUCAUCCACACUGAUAGAAAGCAUCUGAUCAGCGCCGAGGGACAGUUCUUCACGCUGGAAAUUGCUGCAACCACGCUGGACGACAGCGGCACGUACACCUGCCUGGCGAGGAACGAGCUGGGUUCCGUAUCCUGCCACUGCACCCUGGUGGUGGACAAGGGCAUUCGAGCGUACAUCUCACCCGAUUUCUACGUACCCCUGGAUCCCUUCUAUAUAUUCCGCGAGGGAUCCGAAAUCCGCCUGUCCACAAAGGUCGAAGCCUAUCCAUCCGUGGGUGUCACCUGGCAUCGCAACGGAAUGCGCCUGCGACCCAGCCGUCGUCUGACCGCUACCUUGGACUCCAAUGGUUAUGUGGAGCUCAUCAUUGCCGAGGCCACGGUGCGCGAUGCAGGCAUCUAUGUGUGCGUUGCAUCCAAUGUCGUGGGUAAAGUGGAGACCAUCUGCCGCGUAGCCAUUGAGGAGGAGGAGAACAAGGCAGUGGUUCCACAACGAUCCCUGGAAAUUCCCAGCAUUAAGACUGAUGAUCUGCCUUAUUCCAAGGAGCCCCUGUUUGUGGUCAAGCCCCGAUCCAGCGAGGCCUACGAGGGUGACAACGUCAUCAUAUUCUGCGAGGUGGUCGGCGAUCCCAAGCCCGAAGUCGUUUGGCUGCGCGAUUUUCUAAAUCCGGAGUACUACAAGGACGCGCCACACUUCCGGCGAAUUGGAGACGGACCCGAGUACAGGCUGGAGAUACCCAGCGCCAAAUUGGAUUUCACCGGCACCUAUUCCGUGAUAGCCAGCAAUUGCCAUGGCGAGGCCAAGGCUGUAAUAUCGCUACAAAUAUUCGCUAAAGAUAUACUCAACAAAAGCCGCAUGGAUAAAGUGCACACGAGACAUGGCAACAUCGAGACCCUUCCCCGAUUCGUUCGCAACUUGCGAAACCUGCGCUGUUGCGAUGGGGAUGCGAUAUCGCUGGAAUGCCACGUUGAGGCCGAUCCGGAACCAUUCAUCAUCUGGGAAAAGGAUGGGCAUGUUGUGCCCAGCGAUCGAGACUACGUGAUGUCCUUCGAUGGGACAAAGGCCACGCUGAGCAUACCGCGCGUGUAUCCGGAGGAUGAGGGCGAGUACACGUGCGUGGCCAAGAAUUCGGUGGGCCGCAGUCUCUCCUCCGCCUGCAUUAUUGUGGAUGUGCCCGAGGAGAAGGAGAAUAUGCUGAGCCGUCAGCUAGCGCGUCCCAGUGGCCUGCUCUCCGCCCACUCCACGCCCCGUUCCACGCCGAGAUCCACGCCCGCCAGAAGUUUCUCUCCCCUGCGCCUAUCGUACCGCACCAGCAGCAUCGAUCUGUCCGGCGUGGCGGAACGCAGGCGUAGUGAUGCCCGGAAUGCCAUCACGGCGCCCAAGUUUCUCGCCAUUCCCUACAAUCGCGUCGUCGAGGAGGGCGACAGUGUGCGCUUCCAGUGCGCCAUCUCCGGACAUCCCACACCGUGGGCGACAUGGGACAAGGAUGGCCUGAUUGUGACACCCACGCCGCGCAUUGCCGUCAAGGAAAUCGAUGACCUACGCAUCAUAGAGAUCGAUGAGGUGACCUUCGACGAUGCCGGCCUGUAUCGCGUCACGCUGGAGAACGAUUUCGGGCGUAUUGAGGCCACCGCUCGCUUGGACGUCAUCCGCAGCUCCCGCUACUCCAAGUCGCCUUCGGUGCGCAGCGUGCGUGCCUCCUCCUCCCGCCGCAAUGCCCACUUGUACAGGCGCAUCAUGGGUCCAUCCACAGCAAUUGGCGGACGCAUGGCUCUGGCAAGUGGCUAUCGGGGUUCCUCGGUGCCCUCGGUGAGAUUCUAUCACAACGACGUGGAGCUGGAGGCCUCGGAACGAGUUCACAUCCUGCUGCAGGACUCGAUGGCCCUGCUCAUAGUGGACAAUGUGACGCGCGAGGAUGAGGGCCAGUACACCUGCAUCAUAAGCGGCGACCACGAUCCCCUCAUCACUUCCACCACCGUCACCUUCCACGACUCGAAUACGGAGAUUCCCAGGCGUCGUGCUGUCAUCACGGAACCACUGCCCGAGAUUACUAAAUCGCUGGAGGGCGAGGUGAUCGAUCUGUGCUGCUCCAUCGAUUGCGAUGAGCCCUACAGCUACGUUUGGUUGCGAAAUGGCGAGAUUCUGCCGGACAGCGAUGAGUUCAAUUACAUUGAUCACGGCAAUGGACGCCUCUGCCUGCGUAUCAACGACGCCUUCGACAUUGACUCCGGCACCUACAGCUGUCAGGUGUUUACCAGCGACAUCAACGACUCCAACUCCGACGCCACCUUCGACUACCAUUCGAUCUGCAGCGCCAUCAACAGCGGAUGCGAUUGCAGCAGCAGCGGUGAGCUGUGCGUCCUGGAGCGGGAUCUUCGUGGCCAGGACGAGGAGUGUGUCCAGCUGCUGAAGACGCCACUUCCGGUGGUCUGCGCAUCCGGCGAUGAAGCUCUCUUCUACGCCCGUGUUUUCCCCUGCGAUGCGGAAGCCGACUGGUAUCUCAAUGGCCAGCUUUUAGCCCAGGCGGAUUACUCACUUAACAUGACGUUGGAGUCUUAUCCCGAGAACGGCAUUCGGCUUCUGCGCAUGCGUGACGUGACCGCAUCGAGAAGCGGCGAGAUCUGUCUGCAGGUGAAGCAUCCCCAGGCGGAGUCCCGUCGAAUCCCGACCACACGAACCUACACCAGCCUCCUGGUACUGCCCGCCAUCCGGGGCAACAGCUCCAGUUCCUCGCUGGCGGCCAGAAGCUGCAUUUUGACACGCCCCGAGGACUGCACCGCCCUGAUCGGUGGACAUGUUCGGCUGAGCGUUCGCUACGAGCCAUUCCCGGGCACCAAAGUCAUCUGGUACAAGGCGUGUCAUCCCAUUGUGGAGAGCUCCAAUGUGACGAUCCGGACGACGAGCCAACAGUCGACGCUCUACAUCACGGACAUCUCGGCGGACGACAGCGGCAAGUAUACGGUUGAGGUGAUGAACGACUAUGGCGUGGAGGCAGCCGCUGCCUCGGUGGCAGUGGAAGGUCCUCCGGAGCCACCAAGUGGCCAGCCCAGUGUAUCGCUGGGUCCAGAUCGCGUGGCAGUGGCCUGGUGUGGUCCACCCUACGACGGUGGCUGUAUGAUCACAGGUUUUAUCAUUGAGAUGCAGACCAUUGGCGAUGGGAACUGCGAUGAGGACAGCUGGCAGCAGGUGACCCGAGUGGUGGACAGCUUAGCGUACACCGUCAAGAACCUCCAGCCGCAGAGGCAGUACCGAUUCAGAGUGCGUGCCGAGAAUAUCCAUGGACGCAGUGCACCCGGCCAGGCCAGCGAACUGGUACAGAUAACCAAUACGCCGCAGAGGAGCACCUCGUCUGAUGCCAGCGAUCGUUUCGGACGGGCGACAGUUAGCGUGCAGUCUGGUGGAGAUUUCAAAUCCCGCUUCGAGAUCAUCGAGGAGCUGGGCAAGGGACGAUUUGGCAUCGUUUACAAGGUGCAGGAACGCGGUCAGCCGGAGCAGCUGCUGGCCGCCAAGGUGAUUAAGUGCAUCAAGUCGCAGGAUCGGCAGAAGGUGCUCGAGGAGAUCUCCAUCAUGCGCGCACUGCAGCAUCCCAAGCUCCUCCAGCUGGCUGCCUCCUUCGAAAGUCCCAGGGAGAUUGUCAUGGUGAUGGAGUACAUCACUGGCGGAGAACUAUUCGAACGUGUGGUGGCUGACGACUUCACCUUGACCGAAAUGGACUGCAUCCUGUUCCUGCGACAGGUUUGCGAUGGCGUGGCCUACAUGCACGGCCAGAGUGUGGUGCAUCUCGAUCUGAAACCGGAGAACAUAAUGUGCCAUACGCGCACUAGCCACCAGAUCAAGAUCAUUGACUUUGGACUGGCCCAACGACUGGAUACGAAAGCACCCGUCCGGGUUCUCUUUGGAACGCCCGAGUUUAUACCACCAGAGAUCAUUAGCUACGAGCCCAUAGGUUUCAAGUCCGACAUGUGGAGUGUGGGCGUCAUUUGCUACGUGCUACUCUCGGGUCUGUCGCCUUUCAUGGGCGAUACCGAUGUGGAAACCUUCUCGAAUAUAACUAGAGCGGAUUACGACUACGAUGACGAGGCCUUCGACUGCGUUUCGCAAGAGGCCAAGGAUUUCAUCUCGCAGCUACUGGUCCACCGGAAGGAGGACCGCCUGACCGCCCAGCAAUGCCUGGAGUCCAAGUGGCUGAGCCAACGACCAGACGAUAGUCUCAGCAAUAACAAGAUCUGCACGGAUAAGCUGAAGAAGUUCAUCAUUCGGCGCAAGUGGCAGAAAACCGGAAAUGCCAUCCGUGCACUGGGUCGCAUGGCCAAUCUGUCGGUGUCGCGAAGAAACUCAGCCAUUGCCAUGGGAGUACUGAGCAGUCCAAGGCCAUCGAUAUCGGGUCUGGGCAUGCUGACCGCCAGUGCCAUUGGGGUUGGAACCAGCUCCCAGAUGACAUCGCUCCACGAAGAGGAGGACGACUUCAGCGGCGAGAUGCCGCCAGUGGAGAAGCGCACCGUUCUCAAGCUGCGAGAUAAAUCCCAGUGCAGUGAACGCAGUGAUUCAGGCUACAGUGAGUGUUCCAACUGCAGUGGAGCCCAGGAGACGCUGCUACUCUCGCUGGCCAAAUCCAAACUGGAGGCUAUAGCGAAGGCCAGCACUUUGCCCACGGUGGUGCACGAUACGGAGCAACCCGUUAGCCUGGAGCUGCCCACCAAGGGCGAGGCCAUCAUGCGCUCCGACUUUACCAACACCAUCAAGAUGCGCAAGAAGUCACUGGAGGACAGCGCUGCGCGGGAGAAGCCCAAGUCCAAGCCCCAGAUCAAGCCGCUCUUGUGUGAGUCCAAGCUGAAGGUGUCCCAGCUGAAGGACAGGUUCCAGGUGUCCCCUGCUCCUGCUUCUGCAUCUGCAUCCGCAUCCGCUGCUAACAAACCUCCGCUUGCCUUUGGGCCCUUCAAAAUAGCCAAGGUGGCGAGUGUGGGACGCAUCAGUAGAACAGAGGAGUCGGGAAGGAGCGGUAGAGGCACACCCAGUGGAUCCGGCAAAGGCAAGCCACCGCAGGUGCGUUCCAUGCCCAGCUCUCCGCUGCCCCAGCGAUCCGCCACGCCGACGCGGCUGAUGAGCCAACGUGUCCGCGAGGCGGCCGAGCGUCUUGCCCAACAGCACACGGUGGCCAGUGCUCAGCGGCACUUGGGCAAUGGGAGGGGCACCGGCACUGGCAAUGGAAAUGGCAACAGCAAUGGCAAUGGCAAUAGUAAUGGCAAUGGUAAUGGGAACACGGCGGAGACGAAUCGCGAAUCACGCGCGCGACGUCUCAUCAACCGAUUCAAUAGCGAAACGCAGCAUAUCACGUCCUAGUUUAAGUCGGUUAAAUGCCGACGAGCAUAACUUUAUUACAGAUAAAGCAGAUAUAGCA